AUGGCCAACAAGGCGCUCGUUUUCAAGGAGAUCCCUCAGGGAUACCCCGUUCCUGGCCAGCACUUGACCGUCGUGCCCGCCACGUAUGACGCCAACGUUGCCGCUCCCGCCAAUGGUGUCGUGAUCCAGUCCCUCUACACCAGCUUCGACCCAUAUAUGCGCGGCCGCAUGCGCCCCGCCGAGGUCAAGUCUUACGGUCCAGUCUUCGAGCUCAACGAGGCCAUCGACAGUGCCAGCAUUGCCAAGGUCCUCCGUUCCAACAAUGCUUCCUACAAGGAGGGUGACCUCGUGAUUGGCCACGUGCCAAUCCAGGAGUACAUUUCGCUCGAUGGCCAGAACCUGCAGCGCAUUCGCAAGCUGGAGAACUCUCUAGGCAUCGAGGAUAUUCGUGUCUUCCUAGGCGCUCUUGGCAUGCCCGGUCUAGCCGCGUACUCUUCGCUGUACGCGAUCGGUAAGCCCAAGAAGGGCGAGACUAUCUUUGUCUCCGCUGCUAGCGGUGCCGUCGGCCAGAUCGUUGGCCAGCUCGCCAAGAACGAGGGUCUGCGCGUCAUUGGCUCCGUCGGCUCCGAAGAGAAGCUCAACUUCAUAAUCAAGGAGCUUGGUUUCGACGGCGGCUUCAACUACAAGAACGAGAAGCCUGCCGAUGCGCUGGCUCGUCUUGCCCCCGAGGGUAUCGAUAUCUACUACGAGAACGUCGGCGGUGAGCACCUCGAGGCUGCUCUGGACGCGAUGCAGGACUUCGGUCGUGUCGUCGUUAGCGGUCUGAUCUCCCAGUACAACUCCGCUUACAACCCCAUCAAGAACAUCCACAACGUGAUAUUCAAGCGUAUCACGAUGCGCGGUUUUAUCGUCAGUGACCCCGACAUGGGUCCCCUUUACGCUAAGGAGCACCAAGAGCGGGCGCAGAAGUGGAUCAAGGAGGGCUCGUUCAAGGUGCUCAUUCACGAGACUGUCGGUAUUGACAACUCGGCAGAGGGUCUGGUCGGUAUUUUCUACGGCAAGAAUAAGGGCAAGGCCGUCUUGAAGUUCUAA